AUUCGAGGGGAUUUAAGGCUUUUGAAGCACUGGGCUGGCUUGUGACAGGGGGGAAAUCCAGGUUGACACAAGCAUGUGCAGAGCAGUGAGCACACCGGGCACCACGGAGGGCUCUGCACCUCGCCAAGGGCCCAGGUCUGCAGCUUACUGCCCAGGAGAGGGAUUUGGGAGUUAUUAUAGGAAAAUCCUUUAAGCCACCAGCCCGGGGUGUGCUGGCAGUGAAAGCACAAACAAGCGUCCGAGACACAAGCCCACGCCGGGCUCGGAGGCCCCUCGCUUCUCCCAUCCCAGAAGGAGCCGAGGAUGCGGCCGCUCCGCCGCGGCCGUGCGUGGCCGCUGAGCUGCCUGCUGCUGCUGUCCCUGCGCGGCUGCCCAGGUGUGGGUGCCCAGGCAGAUCAGGACUUCCAGCUGCAGCAGCCCCAGGACAAGGUGUCAGUGGCAGCAGGGGAGAUGCUCACUCUGACCUGCACCUUGUAUGGAGACAGUUUCCUUGGCCCUGUGAAGUGGCUGAAGGGCUGGGGCAGUGGGAACGAGACCAUCUAUGGGCCAGGGGGCUCCUUCCCCCGUGUGACGAGGACAGUGGACAAGUCCAACACAGACUUCAGCAUCCGCAUCAGGGACGUUCACCCCGGGGAUUCAGGCACCUAUUACUGUGUGAAGUUCAGGAGAUCAGUGGGAGGUGAAGAGCUGUUUCGGCAUGGAAAGGGCACAGAGGUGUCUGUGACUGCCAAACCCUCCCCCCCGGUUGUGUCCGGGCCCAGCCGCAGAGCGUCGCCGAGGCAGUCGGUGCCUUUCACCUGCACCAGCGGCGGGUUCUUCCCCUCGAGCAUCAGCGUGAAAUGGGCCAAGAACGGGACCUCGAUCUCGGCUCAGCAGCCCAACGUCACCGCUGGGCAGAAGAAAUCCUCGUACAGCAUGUCCAGCAGCGUGAGGAUGGAGCUGCAGGAGGACGACGUGCGCUCGUGGCUGUCCUGUGAGGUGCAGCACCCCACGCUGGGGGCCCCGCUGACGGGGACGUACCCGCUGCGCGACGCCCUGCGAGUUUCCCCCGGCGUCCUCCUGGACGGCGACUGGCGCGGCCCCGUCGAGCUGAACAGGACGGUGAACUUCACGUGCCGCGCGAAGGACUUUUACCCGGGAGACGUGGCCAUCAGCUGGCUGGAGAACGGGGUGGAGAUCAAGGUGGAGAACAGCUCCCGGGCGCUGCCGACCCCUCGGGGCUUGUUUGAGCAGAGCAGCGUGCUGGAGGUGAAAGCCACGGAGGAGAAGAACGGCUCUGCCUUCACCUGCCGGGUGGUGCACGAUGCCCAGGACCCCGUCAGCAAGAGCUUUGCCCUGCGGGUCUCUGCCCCAAGCAAGGAGGGGCUGAGCGACUGGCCCCUGGCAGACAGCGGCAAUUUGCUUGCCAUCUAUAUCGUGGUGGGAGUGGUCUGCACUGUGCUGGUUCUGCUGGUGGCUGCAAUCCUGUACCUCAUCCGGGCGAAGCAGAGCAAGGGUAAAAGCUCACCAUCUGCUAGGUUGCACGAGCCAGAGAAGAGCAGCGAGGUCACUAUGCAGGAAUCCGACCCCAACAACCUGACCUACGCUGACCUGAACUUCGAAAGGGAGAGAAAAUCCAUCCGGCGGCUGGUGGAGCUGAGCCAACAGUCGGAGUACGCCUGUAUCCAGCCCAAGCCCACCCCUGCCGCCGACGACAACCUCACCUACGCUGACCUGGACAUGGUGCACCUCAGCAAGGCCCCGCCGCGCCCGGCCCCGCGCCCCGAGGAGCCCGGCUCCGAGUACGCCAGCGUCCAGAUCGCCAGGAAGUGAGCGGGGAGCCAGGCAGCCCCUUCCCCAGGGCCUCACGGGGAGCCAGGCAGCCCCUUCCCCAGGGCCUCACGGGGAGCCAGGCAGCCCCCUCCUCCCGGGGACGGUUCAUCUCUUGGAAGCGCUGAGGGACGUGAAGACGUGCUGCGACGGCCACGCUGUGGGAGGCACACGGAGCCCGUGGCACUGUGGGGGUCGGCUCUCGGCUGCACACGCCUGAGUUUUUGGGGGCAUUGGGUCCCAGGGCUGCUGGCUCCAUCCCUUUGGAUUCCACCCCCCAACACACAGCCAUGGGGGUUGCUCGGCCUCGCUGGGCUGGGUUUGUGAGUGGAUGAAGCUCCUGAGCAAGUGGCUCCUUGGGAAGCUGCAGCGGGGCUGAGGGGACAGGGACGGUGCCUCCACGCUGGCUCCUGGGGGGAUGCCAGUGUCUGGUGGGGCUUCCUCUGGCUGCCCUGACCCCGCAGGGACCAGCCACAGCCCCCACGCUGCCUUUUGGGGCUCUGCUGCCAACGCCUGGAAGACAAACUGGCUUUAAAGGAAGGACCGAAGCGUCCAUCUCUCUCUUCCCAAGUGUCCCUUCUGCAGGCCCUCGCACUGAGGCCCAUGGAGCGGCACCCCCUGCUCCAGGCUUUCCCCCACCCUCCUGCCCAGGGAGGCUCCAGGCUCCCCAGCACCAACCAUCAUCAUCCUCAUCUGCACAGCCUUGCCCGGCCCCACCAGCGCUGCCCCAGGUUGUACAGAGCGUGCAGGGGCUCGUGUGGGGGCCCCCCCAGCCUUGCUCCCCCCCAGGAGCUCCCCACAGGUACCCUGUAACAUGUUUUGACUGUUUGACAUGUAACUGUUAAUUUUUAGAGCUCAGCCCCCGGUGUUUCACGUUGUCUGUGGGUGUUCUCUGCUGUGUACGUAACACUAGAGUAAGAUGUGCAAGAAUAAGACCGAGGCCUCAGCCCAGACCCCAAAACCCUCCAGCUCUGCCAGGGGGGCUGGGCAAGCUGCCCCCAGCCCAGCCCUGGGGACAAGUGUCUUCCAUCUGCCCUUUCCCUGGGCCAGCACCCUGCCUUGGCUCCCCAGCAGCUGGGUGGGCUGGCAGCAGUGUGCACACGGGGGGCUGUUCCCGUGCCCGGGGCGGGCUGGAGGGGGCUGCUGAUGCUUUGGGAAUCGUGUGGCUGCUUGUACAGGUGCUCUUCUUCCUUUUUUCUUUGCUUUCCCCUUUUUGCUUGCAAGAUAUUUUUAUAAUAAAAGUGGAAAGUCCUGU